UGCCCGGUACAGCGACCUUGCUAUCUGUACCUCCAUCUCGUGCGUCACCUCGAUGCCUAUCCAUGCCCAUACGCGCGGUAGGUAAUAGCCGCACCCACCCACUCACCAGUUCCUCACAUCAUGAGCGACAAAAUCAAGGCACGAUCGCGAAACCAAGACCAAGACCAAGGAAACGAAAAUGAAAAAACCACGCGCAAACCCACCCUGCAACCCCGUCACUACGGCCGUAUCCCCCACGCCCCACGCUCCACGCCCCACGCGCGCGCUCACCCCACCUCGCAACUCGCGUCCCCCAAUCCAUCCCCAAAUUCGCAAUCAAUUUUCACCGGCCCGUCCGCCAGGCCGUCCGGGUGGCAGGGUGGUGGUGGCUCCACAAGCGAGCCACGCGAGCGGGCAAUCAACUAACCUAAGCGAGUACAUACUCUCUACACAAGGCCCAAUCAGGCGCGGGGCCCCGGCCGGACCGUGUGCCGGGAUUCCGUCGGCGCGGGCGUGGCGGGUGGGUGGGUGUUUAUGCGAAACGCGCGAGGGUAUGUACAUGACUAUAUGGCUGGUAGGUGAGAGAGGGAGAGAGGGAGAGUAAAUGGGAG